AUGCACAUCUUCGACAAGUUCGUCCACAGCAUCAGCGUCGUCCUCCUCCAGAACCAGCUUCUGGGCACCACCACCCUAACAAUCUCCAACCGCAAGUUCCAGAAAUCCAAACCCCGAACCAUCUUCAUCCUCAUCGCAAUGUCGCUGUUCCUCGUUUUCGCAGCACUCGUCUUCUACCAGAAGAUCUACCUCGCUAACAACACCGUCCUCUACAAAAGCACCGACGUCAUUCUCAUCAUCAUCAACUCCAUCUACGUUAUAGCCGUCUGGUUGCACGCCCUCUUCAACAGCGACAAAUUUUCGCACCUUUUGAACGCCAUCAUCACUUUCGAUCGCAAUUUGUACCAGUUCGGGGAUGGCGUAGACUACACCAAGCAACGAAAACGCGACCUUUUGGAGUCUACCAUACGUUACACCGUCGUGGUUUUCACGGUGGUGUCGUUUCUGGUCAUCCGAGUCUACAUAUGUGGCGAAGAACUCCUCUUCGAGCUCCUACGGGACGUUCUACUCCUAAUUAAAAGCGUCACUUGCCACCAAGCCGUCCAACUAGUUUCCAUAAUCAAAACCCGCUUGGAAAUCCUGAACAAACAUCUACGAGAAUUGUUAGAUUCUGAAGACAACCCGAGACGCAAAAAUGGGCGCAAAUUCAAAACUUUGUGCAAAAUCUGCGACAUGCAUCACCACCUUAUCAAAAUCAACAAGCUUUUUAAUAAAACUUUUGGGAUGUUGUUGUUGGUGAUGUUCGGGUUGAGCUUCGUCACGACUGUUCUUUGUUUUUUCUAUAUAAGCGCUAGUGUACAGACGGCCGAAACUGACUGGCAACACGGAACUUUGGCUAUCAUUUUGAGUAUUCCGUUCCUGGGAGACGUGGUGUACGUCUGCAACGUUUGCUACAAAACCGUGGAAGAGGCACAUUUAAUUGGAGAGUUGAUACACAAGAUUGAAACCGAAGAUGAGGAUGUUAUCGACGAAGUGGAAAUGUUUUCUUUGCAAAUUUACAACGGCCCGAUUGAGUUUAGCGCGGCACAGUUUUUCGCCAUCGAUCACACUUUGAUUUUUUCGAUUAUCGGGGGGAUCACAACUUAUAUAAUAAUUUUAAUUCAAUUGUCGUCCACACUGCUCGCUAAAUAA